CAAUUCUUGUAUUUACUUGGCAAGUUGGGUAUUUGUGAUUUGCAUGCUCCAACUUGAGGGGGGGUGUUAGGCCCGUAUAUAGUGUAUAGCUUGUGGUCCAAUGUUAUAGAGCCCUAAUCUCUUUUAGAUUGUAUAUAUACCUAUUCAUACUCUAAUAAAAUUAGAGAAAAAUUAAUUCCUGACAUCCUCGGAUCCUCCAAAAAGUCACAAAUGUUGACCAUUUCUAUCCACUUUCUCAGUCACAAAAUCACAAUACAAUUAUCAUGAACUAAGUAGCCGUUAACCUCCUUUUCUCACUCCCAUCACUUCCCACUCCUCCCACAUUUUCCUCACACACAAGUUUUCUCUCUAUCUCUCUCCUCAUUUCAUGUUUUCUCUCUCUAAAAAUGGCUGAUUUCUCCUUUCUAUCAGACACAGAUGAAUCUGCAGUUGAACAAAUUUUAGCAGAAGCAAUGGAUCACUGUGUUCUUCAACAAGUUGCCGCCAUUAAUUGUUCUUCUUUCUCUCACUCUGUUCUUCCUUCUAACCUUGAAUCUCGUUUCCAAAGGCUCAAAACCUUCCCUUCUUCUUCUGCUUCUUCUUCCAAUCCUUCGAAACCUGUGCCAAAACCCCAACUCGGCCCUAACUCAGCCAACGAAUUGAAGAACUCAGUGACCGAAUUGAAGGAUGAAAAACCCAUUUCUGAUGAUUUUGUAAAAACCCCAGAAAAAACCCCAGAAAAGGAAAAGAAAUCUGACAGAAAAUCUGGUUCUGGGUAUUUAUCUUCUUCUGGGUCAUCGAAUUCUUCAUCUGGGUACUUGAAUUCUCCCAAUAACAGGGGAAAACAGGGUGUUAAAAAGGGUAAAGAUGGAAACUUUUCAUCAGGGUCAUCGAAUUCCGGGUUGAAAGCUUCAACAAAAUCUGUGAAAACGGGUUGUUUUUGGUGUUCUCCGAAACGGGUUUCGAGGAAGAAGAGUGAUGGUGGUGGUAGUACUCGAAACAGGGCGUUUGAGUUGGGUGAUGAUUGGGGAAAACAUGAUGAAAUAUUGAGUGAUUUGAGGUCAUUUUCGGCAAAGAAGCAGAAGAAUUUGAUGAAGAUUGCAAAGAAAGAAGAAGAGAAGAUUAAUAAAGAAGCAGAAAAGAUAGUUAAAUGGGCUAAACAAACUUCUGCAAGGUUGGAUUUUUCCAUCAAUGAUGAUCUUAGUGAUGAUGACAGUGACUAUAGUUUUGGACAUCAUUGAUGUGAGCUUCUCUUUUUUGUUUUUUUUUAUAGUCGAGUACCUGAUAGGUGAAUGUAUGAAAUCAAAUCAAGUUCCACCAAAGUUAGUAAAACAUGGCACUAUCAUACAAUAGACUAGUAGCAAUACUUAGUAGUUCUAUGAAUGGUGUACAAAUAGUACUUGUUAAUUGUUGCACAAAACAAAUAGUUCUAUGAAUGUUGUAUAAAUAGUACUUUUAUGUAUAAGAAAAUGAGUUGCAAUA